AUGCUCCAAGUGGGGCAAGCGCAUGUGUCGACCCAGCACGCUAUACGGCGUGCGCAGGUCCAUGCGCUGCUCAUCGUGACGCACGGCUAUGAAAUCCUCGCCAAGGGCAACCUCAGGGACCGCGAGCUCGACGAAGCAACCGGCCAACCGAUCCAGUUCGGCGAAGGGACGCUCACCUGCCUGCCUGUCCAAGCCCAACAAGCGCCAAGCCUUGAGGGCAACCUCCUCAACCGUGCUUCCGCCUACACGGACGACUCUCUGGAUCUCAUCUGUUACGACGACGCUACCAUGACCGCGAUCAAGGCCGCGGCGUCAUCCGUAUUUCGGUCGACGCAGGUCGACGCGCCGAUGUACGCCGCUUCGUUGGCGUGGUUCACGACCAAAAAGCUCGGUAGCCUCCUCGACGACGCCGCCCAUUUGCACGCUCGGGAGCGGCUGACGACCAGCGGCCUUCACAACAUGCUCCUGGUCCUUUUGAACAACUGUGGCAUGUUGGCACUGACGCCUACGAGCCUGGCGGGCCUUGACAGCUUCCAUCGCCAGCGCUGCAACAGCAUUCCACGGAGCGAGAUCAUUGUCCGCCAGCAACGGCGCCUGGUGGGCCACGUGCUCGCCUGA